UACUCCAAGCACAACCAGUAUUCCAUCGGGUGUGAUGGAAUGUAAUUGAUUGUGUUUAAAUUUAUCCAUACUAAUUAUUGAGUUAAUGUUGUUCACAUUUACGCAUGGAAUAUUUUUUAUAAUUUUUCAGCAAUUGAAUUUUUCAUGCCGAAUUGCGUAAAGGAGAUAAUAGAGUUGAAAGUAAUUGUGUGAGCGUGGGAGACGUGAGAAAAAGAUAGCAAGUGUUCAGUGAUACGUGGGACACACCUGGUGAAAAGAAGAAAUUUAAAAAAGCAAAAAAUAAAAUUCAAUUUAAAAGAUUUCUAUUUGUUUCUUAGAAAUGAAUAAAGAACAAGGAAUCCUUAAUAAGUUUUGUCAGAUAAGAUGAGUGAUUCGACAAGAAAUUAUACAAAGAUCAGAUAGAAUCAUCGGCAUAGUUAGAUCAGUGACCAAGAUGGCGGAGUCGAGUUAUUAUCAGAAUGACUAUUCAAGACAACCAGUCAUCGCUGAAUUGUCUCAUAAAUAUGGAAUUGCGGGUAGUGAUCAAGUGCCUCUUCCAGCACGUCUUGACGAGCUGCGAGAACACAUUCGUAGAGAAAUUCGAAAGGAGUUGAAAAUUAAAGCCGGAGCAGAAAAGCUCCGAGAAGUUGCAUCAGGUCGAAAGGCUCUUUCAGAUGUUGCAAUGAUUGUAAAGAAAGCAAAUAAUAAAUUAAACGAGCUUCACGCUGAACUCCAGCAGCUUGAAAGUCAAAUUAUUUUAACUCAAGGUGAGCCUCAGUCACCGCAAAGAGAUUAUUCUAAUGGUCAGGAUACACCUUUAUCGCCUAUGGACUCAUCAUCACCCAGUCAAGAGGGUCUUAUUACAGAUCUUCGACUCUUAUCUUUAGAGAAGCAGCUAAAUAUUGAAUUAAAAGUAAAACAAGGUGCUGAAAAUAUGAUCCAAAGUUUAACUAGUGGACAUAGAGACAAGAAAUUGCUACAAGAAGCUCAACAAAUGUUGGAUGAUUCAAGAGCUAAAAUUGAAUUUCUUAGGAUGAGAAUUAUGAAAGUAAGACAAGCGAGACAGCAAAAAAAUACUCGAAAUGAUGCGCCACUUUCCAAUGGUGAAGCUACAUGUAAUAAGGAUAAAUAUGAGCCUAGCUUAGAAUUGGCUCUUGAAGAAAGAGUAGAGGAACUUCGACAUAGAUUAAGGAUUGAAGCUGCGGUUGUAGAAGGAGCUAAAAAUGUUAUUCGUCUCCUUCAAAGUGCUAAAGUAGCUGAUAAAAAAGCUCUGACCGAAGCUCAAGCAAGUUUAAGCGAGUCUAGCAGAAAAUUAGAUCUCUUGAGAAUGUCUUUAGAUCUCAGAAGACAAGAAUUACCUUCUGAUAGUGCAACGGCUGCACAAUUAAAACGAGAAUUAGCUAGUGUUCAGUCUGCGAGUCCUGUACCAGUGACCUAUACUUCUUUACAGCCAUUUCAUGGACCUCUCGAAGGGCGAGCAACUGUUCCAGUUUUAGUUUCUCGAUGUGCAGCUGUCACAGGAACAUUAGAAGUUAGAUUGAUGGGUUGCCAAGAUCUUGCUGAAGAAGUACCCGGUAGAACCAGACGAGAUCAUCAUCCUGCAAGUCCGGAUCUACGUAGUUUUGUUAAAGGAGUUACUGGUCGUAGUUCAAGCAAGUCUUAUAACGUUAAAGAUGAAACAAGUAAUGACAUCAUGGCCGUCAUUAAAUUGGAUAAUCAAACUGUUGCGCAGACAAGCUGGAGACCAUGUUCACAACAAGCUUGGGACCAAAGGUUUUCAAUUGAACUAGACAAAUCCCGAGAACUUGAGAUUGGAAUUUAUUGGAAAGAUUGGCGGUCAUUGUGUGCAGUAAAGUUUCUUCGUCUUGAAGAGUUCAUUGAUGACGUACGACAUGGCAUGGCUCUUCAACUUGAACCUCAAGGAUUGUUAUUUGCUGAGAUACGGUUCCUUAAUCCCAUGAUUUCGAGGAAACCAAGACUUCAGAGACAAAGAAAAAUAUUUAAACAACAAGCGAAAAAUUUCCCACGUGCUAAUCAAAUGAAUAUAAACGUUGCUACUUGGGGAAGACUACUCAAACGAUCUGCUCCUUCGUUGCACAGUAGUAGAAACUCUGAAAGUCCCCCAUCAGGCCCACAACCUCUUCAACUUGUCUUCGAUUCUUCACUUGAAGAUAAACCUGAAACUCCUGGUGAAUUACCAGAUCCAGAAAAAGGAGGACUUGGUGGUGCACGUCCACUUGGAGUUUCAACAUCUAGUACUAGUUUAUCAACUCAAAGCCAUCCACCAUCUCCUCCUUCUGUUCCACCACCACCUCCACCAACAUCUUCACUGUCUAAAAAACCAUCUGCUGCUCAGGCGAUACCUCCACCACCUCCUAAACGAGAUCAAGAUUUACAGAGUGCACUUAAGGAGUUUGAUUUUCUACACGACGAGGAUAAAAUGGGUGCAAGUUUAAGGCCUCUUGUCACGGAACCUCGUCCUGUUCUGAUAGCACCACUUUCGCCGCGCACUCCCUCGCCUCAACCUGUUGUGGAGUUUCCCGAGGACGAGGUUGUCUAUGAGAUGCCAGUUCGACCACUGCAAUACCGAGAUAGUGCUUAUGAAUCACGAAGGCAAUCAACGAUGACUGGAAUAACUUUGGAUAACUUCAGGUUGCUUUCUGUCCUUGGUCGAGGUCAUUUUGGUAAAGUGAUUCUGUCUCAAUAUAGAAAUACAGGCGAGUACUUUGCAAUCAAGGCUCUAAAGAAAGGAGACAUUAUUGCCAGAGAUGAAGUGGAGUCUUUGUUGUCUGAAAAGAGAAUUUUUGAGAUUGCUAAUGCUACACGACAUCCAUUUCUCGUUAACUUGUUUGCUUGUUUCCAAACUGAGGCGCAUGUGUGUUUUGUUAUGGAAUAUGCCGCUGGUGGUGAUCUGAUGAUGCACAUACAUGCUGAUGUUUUUGGAGAACCUCGAGCAGUCUUUUAUUCAGCUUGUGUGGUUCUAGGUCUGCAAUAUUUACAUGAAAGUCGUAUUAUAUACAGAGAUUUGAAACUAGAUAAUCUUUUAUUGGACACUGAAGGAUACGUAAAAAUAGCUGAUUUUGGUUUAUGUAAAGAAGGAAUGGGCUUUGGUGAUCGAACGGGUACUUUUUGUGGCACUCCUGAAUUUUUAGCUCCAGAAGUUCUUACUGAAACUUCAUAUACGCGUGCAGUUGACUGGUGGGGACUUGGAGUUUUGAUAUUUGAAAUGCUUGUUGGAGAGUCUCCAUUCCCUGGUGAUGAUGAAGAAGAAGUUUUUGAUUCAAUUGUGAAUGAUGAAGUCCGUUAUCCUCGUUUCUUAUCAUUAGAAGCCAUUGCUAUCAUGCGGAGGUUGCUUAGAAAGAAUCCUGAUCGAAGACUCGGUAGCAGCGAAAGAGAUGCUGAAGAUGUUAAAAAACAGUCAUUUUUCAGACACAUUGUAUGGGAAGAUCUCCUUUUAAGGCGCGUGAAACCACCAUUCGUACCAGUUAUUAAUUCUGGAGAAGAUGUCAGUAACUUUGAUGAAGAAUUCACUUCAGAAAAACCUCAAUUAACACCACCCAAAGAUCCACGUCCGCUAAGUGACUUAGAACAAAGUCUUUUCCGCGAUUUCACGUACAUGGCUGACUGGUGUUAAUAUGCGCGUAAUUAAAUUGUCUAUAGAAGUAAUGAAAAAACAAAAAUUUUUAAUAGCAUUUUGAAACAUGCGAUAUAUCAGUAAAAUGAACAAACUACGAGAAUGGAA